UCCGUUUUAUUCUCCUCGAGAAGUGUGAGUGCGGCUCGGGCGACAGAGCGGUGCAAUGAUAAAAGCCGCAUAUGCGGUAGGCUACACACCUAUCAGGCAGGAAAAUACCCACGAAACACCCUCAACCCGGCUCUCCUCGCGCCACAGCCUUAUCCACGACUCAGACCGGAGCCUGAAGUGCCAGUAGAACGAGCCAUGUCCAAGCCAACGGGGGGCGGUGUCAACGAUGUCACCCACUUCCUGGCAUCAGGGGGGGCACCAGGGUCUCCCACCUCCAAUCCUAUGUUCUCCGGCGCCAGCCAGGCCGACUGGGCGGCUAAAAGGCUGGUGUGGGUGCCGUCAGACAAGCAUGGCUUUGAGUCGGCCAGCAUUCGGGAGGAGCGCGGUGAUGAGGUGGAGGUUGAGCUGACAGACAGCCAGAGGAAGGUCACUCUCUCCAGGGAGGAGGUGCAGCGGAUGAACCCCCCGCACUUCAGCAAAGUGGAGGACAUGGCCGACCUAACCUGCCUCAACGAAGCCUCUGUGCUGCACAACCUGAGAGAGAGAUACUACUCAGGCUUGAUUUAUACAUAUUCAGGGCUGUUCUGCGUGGUGGUGAACCCUUACAAGAACCUGCCCAUCUACACAGAGUCCAUCGUGGAGAUGUACCGGGGCAAGAAACGCCACGAGAUGCCCCCCCACAUCUACGCCAUAUCAGAGGCCGCCUAUCGCAGCAUGCUACAAGACAGAGAAGACCAGGCAAUCCUCUGCACAGGCGAGUCUGGAGCUGGGAAAACAGAGAACACAAAGAAAGUCAUCCAGUAUUUGGCUCAUGUUGCCUCCUCCCAUAAGGGUGGCACUUUGGGUAGGAACAAGGAAGCUAUACAGAUGGACGGCUCUAAAUCCUUAACAAGAGGUAGUUCUUUGGGGAACAAGAGUAUGCAAUAUGGCGAGCUAGAGAAACAGCUCCUGCAGGCCAACCCCAUCCUGGAGGCCUUCGGCAACGCAAAGACUGUCAAGAAUGACAACUCCUCUAGAUUUGGUAAAUUCAUCCGCAUUAAUUUUGAUGUGGCGGGCUACAUUGUUGGUGCUAACAUCGAGACCUACCUCCUUGAAAAGUCCCGCGCCACCCGUCAGGCCAAAGAUGAGAGGACGUUCCACAUUUUUUACCAGAUGCUGUGUGGAACUUCAGACGAGACAAAAGCGGACCUGCUCUUGGGAACUGCUGAUGAGUACCGCUUUCUCAGUGGGGGCUCCAUCCCUGUUGCUGGUCAGAGCGAUUCAGAGAACUUCACCCAGACCAUGGACUCCAUGGUUAUUAUGGGCUUCACCCCGGAGGAGUCGAUCUCCAUGCUUAAGGUGAUCUCUGCUGUGCUCCAGUUUGGGAACAUUUCCUUCAUGAAGGAGAAGAAUCAUGACCAAGCCUCAAUGCCUGAUAACACAGCUGCUCAGAAACUGUGCCAUCUGCUGGGCAUCAACGUGCUGGAGUUCACCCGGGCCAUCCUCAACCCUAGAAUCAAAGUGGGUCGAGAGUAUGUUCAGAAAGCGCAGACGAAAGAACAGGCUGACUUUGCUGUGGAGGCCCUGGCUAAGGCCACAUAUGAGCGCCUGUUCAGAUGGCUGGUCCACAGGAUCAACAGAGCUCUGGACCGCCGACAGAGACAGGGAGCCUCCUUCAUAGGCAUUCUUGAUAUCGCUGGAUUUGAGAUCUUUCAGCUGAACUCAUUUGAGCAGCUGUGUAUCAACUACACAAACGAAAAGCUGCAGCAGCUCUUCAACCACACCAUGUUCAUCUUGGAGCAGGAGGAGUACCAGCGGGAGGGCAUCGAGUGGAACUUCAUCGACUUUGGCCUGGACUUGCAGCCCUGCAUUGACCUCAUCGAGAGACCAGCCCACCCGCCUGGUGUUCUGGCCCUGUUGGACGAGGAGUGCUGGUUCCCGCGGGCGACGGACCGCUCGUUUGUGGAGAAGCUGUCUGCUGAACAAGGCAGCCAUCCAAAGUUCUUCAAACCAAAGCAGCCACGCGGGGAAGCUGACUUCUCCAUCAUUCACUAUGCUGGCAAGGUGGACUACAAGGCACAUAAUUGGUUAGUGAAGAACAUGGAUCCUCUGAAUGACAACGUGGCGUCUCUUGUCCACCAGUCGUCUGAUCAUUUUGUCUCAGAGCUUUGGAAGGAGGUGGACAGGAUUGUGGGUCUGGACCAGGUGUCCUCAGGAGAGAACAGCGGGCCGGUCAAUUUCGGAGCGUCGGGGCUAAAGACGAAGAAGGGAAUGUUCAGGACCGUUGGUCAGCUUUACAAGGAGUCGCUCACGAAGCUGAUGGCCACGCUGAGGAACACUAACCCCAACUUCCUUCGCUGCAUCAUCCCCAACCACGAGAAGAGGGCCGGUAAACUGUCUCCCAAUCUGGUUUUGGACCAACUGAGGUGUAAUGGAGUUCUGGAGGGGAUCCGUAUCUGCAGACAAGGCUUCCCUAACCGCAUCCCAUUCCAGGAGUUCAGACAAAGAUAUGAGAUCCUGACUCCGAAUGCGAUUCCUCGCACCUUCAUGGAUGGCAAACAGGCAUCCGAACUCAUGAUCAGAGCUUUGGAGCUGGAUCACAACCUGUUCAGAGUGGGUCAGAGUAAAGUCUUCUUCAGAGCUGGAGUCCUGGCUCAUCUGGAAGAGGAAAGAGACCUAAAGAUCACCGACACCAUCAUACGCUUCCAGAGCGCCUCCAGAGGCUAUCUCGCACGCAAAUCCUUCAUAAAGAAGCAGCAGCAGCUGAGCGCACUGAGGGUCAUGCAGAGGAACUGCUCUGCUUACCUCAAACUCCGUAACUGGCAGUGGUGGCGGCUGUUCACCAAGGUGAAGCCCCUGCUGCAAGUGACCCGCCAAGACGAGGAGAUCCAGGUUAGAGAGAGCGAGCUCCAGAAGGCCAAGGACAAUCUCACCCAAGUGGAGCAGGACUACACAGACCUGGAUAAGAAACAUGCUCAGCUAAUAGAGGAGAAGUCGGUGCUGGCUGACCAGCUGCAGGCGGAGGCGGAGCUGUUUGCGGAGGCAGAGGAGAUGAGGGCCAGGUUGGCAAGUCGGAAACAGGAGCUGGAGGAGGUGAUUGGUGAGCUGGAGAGUCGAUUGGAGGAAGAGGACGAGAGAGCCGUGCAAUUCACCAAUGAGAAGAAGAGGAUGCAGCAGAAUGUUCAGGACCUGGAGGAGCAGUUAGAGGAGGAGGAAAGUGCCCGACAGCGCCUCAUGCUGGAAAAGGUUACAUUGGAGACCAAAGUGAAAAGUCUGGAAACCGACUUGCUGAAUGCAGGGGAGCAGAGAGACCGACUCAGCAAGGAGAAGAAACAGCUGGAGGAGCGUAUGAGCGAAGUGACGGAUCAGCUCACCGAGGAAGAAGAGAAAACCAAAAGUCUGAACAAACUCAAGAACAAACAGGAGGCUGUCAUGGCUGACCUAGAGGAGCGCCUAAAGCGUGAGGAGCAGGGGCGCUUGGAGCAGGAGAAGUGGAGAAGGAGGAUGGAGAACGACUCGGUGGAUGCCCAGGAGCAGCUGUCAGACCUGGGGAUGCUCUCUGCCGAGCUGAGGGGCAGUCUGGCUCAGAAAGAGAAGGAAAUCACCAUCCUCCAGGGCCGGUUGGAGGAAGAAGGAGCACGUCGCGCAGAAGCUCAGAGGGCGCUGAGGGAGGCCAUGUCACAGGUGUCUGAGCUGAAGGAGGAAGUGGAGAAUGAACGAGGGAUGAGGGAAAGGGCAGAGAAACAGAGGCGAGACCUAGGGGAGGAGCUUGAGGCUUUGAGAACUGAGCUGGAGGACACUCUGGACACCACAGCUGCGCAGCAGGAGCUAAGGUCUCGUAGGGAAACAGAGUUAAAUGAUCUCCAGCGGUGUGUUGAAGAGGCGACUCGCCACCACGAGGCCCAGCUAUCAGAACUCAGAGUCAAACACAGCGCUGCUAUAGACAGCAACCAGGAACAGCUGGACAAUAGCAAGAGAGCACGUCAGUCCCUGGAGAAGGCCAAGGCAGUGCUGGAGGAAGAGAGGCAGAAUUUGAGCGCUGAGCUCAAGAGUCUCCAAGUGAGCCGCACGGAGAGCGAGAGAGGCCGCAAGAGGGCCGAGGGUCAGCUGCAGGAGUUCAGCGCCCGACUGGCUCAGGCUGACAGAGAGCGGGAGGAUAGAGAAGAGCGAGUGCACAAGCUACAGUGUGAAAUUGAGAAUCUUUCCACCAAUGUGUCCUCCUCUGACACCAAAACCCUUCGGCUCACUAAAGAGGUCAGCAGUCUGGAGAGCCAGCUGCACGAUGCAAAGGAACUGCUGCAGGAUGAAACUCGUCAAAAGAUGUCUCUGGGCUUGAGGGUACGAACGCUGGAGGAGGAGAAGAAUGUACUAAUGGAAAGACUGGAUGAGGAGGAGGAGAGAGAAAAAGAGAUGGCCCGGCAGAUCCAGACUCAUACCCAGCAGCUGGCAGAGCUUCGUAAGCAGUCAGAGGACGUGAACAUUGCGGUUGAAUCCGGAGAGGAGACACGCAGGAAACUCCAGAGAGAGCUUGACAGCACCGUCCAGAGUGCGCGACAGAAGGAGGAGGAGAAGGAUCGCGUAGAGAGGCAGAGGGAGCGACUGAGGGAGGAGAUAGAGGACAUGACACUUGCCCUGCAGAGAGAGAGACAGAACUGCACGGCCCUGGAGAAGAGGCAGAAGAAGUUUGACCAGUUACUGGCAGAGGAGAAGGCGGUGAGCGCUCGGCUGGCAGAGGAAAAGGACAGAGCAGAAGCAGACAGUCGAGAGAAGGAGACAAGACAUCUGUCUCUUUCUCGAGCCCUGCAGGAGGCCCAGGAUCAGAGGGAAGAGCUAGAGAGAGCCAACAAGCAGCUCCGUUUGGAAAUGGAACAGCUUGUAAACCAGCAGGACGACGUCGGCAAGAGUGUCCAUGAGCUGGAACGCACUCGCAGGACCUUAGAUACAGAAGCCCAGAACCUGCGGGUCCAGACGCAGGAGCUGGAGGAGGAGCUGACGGAGGCGGAGAAUUCAAGGCUGAGGCUGGAGGUCACCCUGCAGGCACUCAAGGCUCAAUUUGAGAGGGAGCUAAGCACCAGCGAGGAGAAGGGAGAGGAGAAGAGGAGGGCGCUCAGCAAACAGGUGAAGGAGUUGGAGAUCCAGCUGGAGGAGGAGAGGAGUCAGCGGUCUCAGGCUGUGUCGUCCAAGAAGCAGCUGGAAGCUGAACUACAGGACGCCGAGUCCCAGGUGGAGACCACCGGCCGCGGAAAAGAGGAGGCUGUGAAGCAGCUCCGCAGGCUGCAGGGUCAAUUGAAGGAAGUUCUGCGCGAGCUAGAUGAAAGUAGGUUGGCUCGGGAUGAGGUGAUCUCACAGUCGAAAGACAACGAAAAGAAGAUCCAAACUCUGGAAGCUGAAGUCCUGCAAUACACUGAAGAGCUUGCUGUAUCAGAGAGGCAGAAGAGACAGGCUCAGCAGGAGAGAGACGAGUUGGCCGAUGAGAUGGUCAACAGCAGUUCAGGAAAGACCGCAAUGUUUGAAGAGAAAAGGAGGUUGGACUCACGAGUCAGUCAGCUGGAGGAGGAGCUGGAGGAGGAGCAGAGUAACUCUGAACUGCUGGCGGAAAGACAAAGGAAGGCUGCUCUCCAGGUGGAGACUAUGACCGUGCAGCUGCAGGGAGAGAGGACGUUGGCCCAAAAGGCAGAAGCGGCUCGGGAGCAUUUGGAGAGACAGAACAAGGAUCUGAAGACCCGACUGGGGGAGCUGGAGGGAGCAGUGAGGGGCAAGCACAGGCUCAGCGUCGCCGCCCUGGAGGCCAAGAUAGAUUCGAUGGAGGAGCAGCUGGAACAGGAGCGACAGGAACGAGCCAUUGCCAACAAACUGAUGCGGAAGACAGAGAAGAAACUGAAGGAGGUGAUGAUGCAGGGAGAAGACGAGAGAAGACACGCAGACCAGUACAGAGAACAGCUGGAUAAAUCCAUGGUCCGCCUGAAGCAGCUGAAGAGGCAGCUGGAGGAGGUGGAGGAGGACAACUCUCGCUCCAACGCCCAGAAGAGGAAGCUGCAGAGAGAGCUGGAGGAGCUCACCGACAACAGUCAGAGCAAUGCAAGAGAAAUAACCACUCUCCGUAGCCAGCUCAGCAUCCCUGAAUGGAAGACCGAUCAGCGUGCUGCGUUGCCCCUGGCGCUGCGUGGACGCAGAGCGCUGAUCGACGACCUCUCGUUGGAGAACUCUGACUCGGAGGAGCCCCCUGCCUCGCCGACCCCUUCCUCUGGACUCCCAGGGACCCCGACUCCCUCCUCUGAACACAGCCUGGACCCUCCGCCGCCAUACAGCGUCAACAACACAGAGUGACGCACACAUAGACUCCGUUACAAACAUAACGCACACACAAAAAUACACAGUCAGACAUCGACCUCUCACAGGGGUGAGGGCGUAACGUGCACACAGCGCAUAACAACAGUGCAUUUAAGAUGAAUACAUCAGGCGCUAUAACUGGAAAACAACCUCAUUGCAAAAAAAAGAAAAAAGUGUAAAAAUUAGAUUUUACAAAGAGGCAACUGGAAUUAAUUCUUAUUUUGUAACAAACUGUGACAUAAAUAAUGACAUUACAAAGACUGGAACAUUUCUACAAUACUCCUCUGCAGUGCAUUUCUGAUAAACUAAACUACAUUUCCCAGAGGUCUGAGGGGAAAGUGAAUUAUUAUCAACUAAUUUCAUGAUGCUGUACAGUAAUUAGAGGGCAGAAAACAAUGUGGUGGGCACGUCUUUUACAUUAGGAAGUAUUUAAAAGCUAAAGCGAAGCCAUGUUUACCCCUUUGAUGAGGAAUAUAUAUAUUCUUCAUAAAGGGCUGCUGGAGGGUGAAAAUAAAUAUUUCUGAGAAAUGUUGAGUCAAUCUGUUACAUAAAGCAGUCAACAAGAUAAGUCAAAUACACACAUGGAACAAUGUGCAUUCUCAUAUUUUCAGUCAGAGAAAGUAAACUGGCAAACAGAAAAGUAAAAUCAAUAUCGCUGAAUUAACAAAAGAGGAAUGGCAAUUAGUAACCAAUAUUUAAUUACACUUUUUAUUGUAAAUGUUUGAUCAGAAACUGGGAAGCAUUACACAAACUUCCAUAAUAUAUUAUAUAAUUUUCAUAUAAUUUGACAGAAUUGUGGAGAGACAAACAUUUGACCAUAAAAAGCAGCGUACAUGCAGUGAAGCUGUUCUGGAUUUCUGUAGAUUUUUAAAAAAAAAGUAUGUUGUUAGACAAAGCGAUAGGUAGUAUUAGAUAGUUUCUUUAACUAAAGUCUUAACAUAUUGCUUCAGAAAUUUGAAUUUGUAUAAUUUAUAUCCGAUGGGAAAUUAUUGAUCCCUGUUUUGUUUUUUUCUUCUGGUUAUUCUGGUCCGUUCUGGUCCUGCUGGUGCGGAUGUCGGCCUGAACUGGUCGGUCAGUGUUGCAGCGUCGGGUCUCAGAGGUGAAUUUGCAUGGAAGAUCUUUCUGGUGGAAAACUGGUUUUACUGGUUCCUUGCUGGAGUAGAAAAGGAUGGUCUACCACAGCAACAUAACUAGAACAAAAUCCUAGAGAACUUUAUUAAUUUAUCUUUUCAUCCAAAGCAGAAUUAAUUGCGACAAUUGAUUAUUUGUGGGGGGGGUGUUGUUUUAGACAAGCAUAUUGUACAUUGUAAUUUUGAUUUUUACUGAUUAUCUGUGUAAAUUAUUGAUCAAACAAAGCUUUUGUGUUUAACCAAAUGGUGGGCGUAUGGAUGAGAAAAAGGGACUUAAAUAAGUAGUCACGGUAGAGUAGCUGUAGAAUAGAUGACCGGAGUAGAGGAUGGUGAGGUUUUCUAUUUUCCUCAGUAGAAUAAACGCCAUCACGGCUCCCAGUUCCUGUGUAAAAUAACUCGAGACUCAAAGCAUUCUCAGAUACUAGUAGUAGUAGAUAAGAAAUUACAAUGGAGACACAGGAAUUAAUUUUCACGAAGCUAAUGGCAAAUUUUCAUUAUUUAAAUUUUUUACCCAAACUAGCGACUCAAAAUGACAUGCGUGUGAGGCGUCGACCAAACACGAGCAGCUCGAUGACCUUGCUGUGAAAGCAACAAUGGUUUUGUGAAACCUGGUUUCAAAUGUGUUUUUCUUUUGGUGAUACAUCUCUGUUUUGCUCAGCAUGUUUUAUUUAUUGUUUAACAGACAUUUUACCAGGUCUUUAUUUUUUUUUUUAUAUAUAUAUAUAUAUUUUUUGUUCAUGACCGUCUUCAGCACCUAUUUGCCUGUCAUAACUUUAAGGCUGUCCAGGAAAUCAAUGUGAUAUCUAGAUUUUGAUGUAGACACAAAUAUCAAUGUUUUAAAGAAGUAGUGAAACAUUUUGGGAGAUGUGCUUAUCCGCUUUCUUGUGGAGAGUUUAUGGUGCAAACGUCAUGUCCUGUACGGUAAAUAUGAAGGUACAGUCAGCCGUUAGUUAGCUUAGCAUAACGACUAGAACCAAUCAACUUGCGAGCAUCUCUAAAGCUCACUAAAUUACACUUUUAUACAUAUGUUCAAAAACAAAGAAAUUUAAUUUUUAAAGAUGCCGACAGGAAGUCCCUGCCAGGCUAAGAAAUAACCGCUUAACACUUUUUUUUCCCUACAGAUAAAACAAGCAAGAUCCAAUAUGUAGACUCAUGAGCUUUAGAGAUGUUGGUAGUUAUUUUGUUGACUGUUUCCAGUCUUUGUGCUAAGCUAAGCUAAAGGUCUUUUAGCUUUAUUGCGUCAUAUUUACAGACAUGAGAAUGAUUUUCAUCUUUCCUCACUUGACGUCCAAAAUGUAGAUCUAUCUCUUUAAAUUAUGAAGAUUGUCACUGAAGCUUUAACUUUCAAUUGGAACUAAAAGAAGAUAAAGAUAAUUCACAAAUGUUGCCCUGAAUGUUUUCUUUGUAUUCUGGUUAUAUAUAAUGUAUACUAGACGGCAAAGGAUUAAUGAUCCUGCUGGUGUUUACCGAUGAUUGCGGUUGAUUACGCACAGAACCGGUUAUUUUUGGUAAUCGGUUCAUCACUGCUGCCUCCCCCCUCCGUCUGUUUAAAUUGAACAGGUGUGUAUUUUAAGGAAACGGCAAUGCAAAUCUAACUUCUGCUAAAUGAGAUCAGUGAGCGCGUGUCCCGUAUCAUGACGCGUGUUGAGCUUUGUCGGGUUCACCAUGAAUCACGGUGAAGAGAGAUCAAGAAAGAGUUUGACUACUAGCGACAUAUAUUUAAUGCUCUAUUGAAGGGUUUUAUCUUUCUUUCUUUUUUCUGUAUGUACAAUUAUUUUUAUUUUAGCGAUGUGCAUCUGAUUUAGUUUGACACUGUGUUUUUUUGUUUGUUUUUUUGAUAUUGUGUAAACGCUGCACUUUACACAUUACUACUGGAGAUAUAAAAAAGAGCCGACAUUGUCAGUACAUCACGGCUGCUCUGUCAGGUUGUAAUUUAUCUCAAGGAGGUCGACAUUUAAGCCAAAUGAGCUGACACGAUCUGUCACUCCGAACUGUUAAAUGUUGUAUUCUCAGAGUGUCGUAUCAACGUAUCAACGUGGCGACUUUGUUCUCGCCUUGAUGGACCAAAAUCUGAAGCCACGAGGUUUGAACUGCUGGAUCGAGAUCACUUCUGAUUAGAGACGAGGCUGGUGCUUCUCUACGGUGUUACUUUUCACUUUUUGUUUCUUUAUGGCUACUGUGGAACUUGAAACAUUUUGGAAAAAAUGUUGUUUAUUGUUUUAGCCUCUUUUUGUUAAUGAUGCUGUAAUUAUAAAACAUCUGACUGGGGUUAACUUUAAUAUAUGUCGUUGGUUUUGAUCUUUG